UGACAUCAGCUUUGACGGCAGUGGGGUCCUUUUCAGCUAUGGGAAUCUAGCCUUGACCGUUGAUAGUCGUUGAAGUACCCAGUAGUUCAUUGUACAGUGUUUUGGCUAUAAUGAGUUUAUCCAUAAGGACUGAAUUUGCAGCAGACAAAAUAAAAAGAAAGAAAAAACGUGAACUUACAGAAGAGCAGAAGCAAGAAAUUAAAGAAGCCUUUGAUUUGUUUGAUACAGACAGGGACAGAGCAGUUGACUAUCAUGAACUGAAGGUGGCAAUGAGAGCUUUAGGAUUUGAUGUAAAGAAGGCUGAUGUGCUGAAGAUUUUAAAAGAUUAUGAUCACGAAGGAACAGGGAAAAUUACUUUUGAAGACUUUUCAGAAGUUGUGACUGACUGGAUAUUGGACAGAGAUCCUCAGGAAGAGAUGCUAAAGGCAUUCAGAUUAUUUGAUGAUGAUGAUAGUGGUAAAAUCAGCCUUAGAAAUCUUAGAAGAGUUGCAAGAGAACUUGGCGAAAACAUAUCUGAUGAAGAAUUACGUGCCAUGAUUGAUGAAUUUGAUAAAGAUGGCGAUGGCGAAAUAAACCAGGAAGAGUUCGUAGCCAUUAUGACUGGUGACACUUAGGAUGCAGACAAAUGGCAUGAGAUACAUAAUGAAUUGAUGAGGAUCUUGAUAAUUUCUUUUUACUUGCUAAGUAACUGAACUCCAGAACAUAAUGUGAUAUCAGGAAGGCAGCAUGUAUCCUUUCUGAUAGGAUCAAAAGCAGAAUGUUGGUUUUAAGUCAUGCAUUAAUUUUGAGUUUUAACUCUGUUUUGGGUAAAAAUGUUACACUUCAAGCAUUAGAUGUCAGUUCUAUACUAUAUUAGUGUAUAUUUAUAAAUUAACUGUUACGUAAUUGCUGUGCAGUUUCAUGUUAUAUAUUGUUUGUGAAGAAAUAUCAAAGUGCUAUAAUCCCUGUUUUAAUUAAACGCACUGUUCAAAUAAUGCAGUUCAUAUUGUUUAUUUUUUUGUACUUUCUGUACACAUAUGUAGUGUACAUUGUAUUACUAUAAAUAUUUUAAAUGGUUUAGAAAUAUAUUUUGUCACUGAUUGUUUUGAAUCUAUGAUUCAUUUUAGUGUAUAUUGUAGAGCCUACCAAGCCAAGGAAUUGCCCAGUAGUGCCUUUGCUGAAACAUAUUUGCUGUGAAACUUGAGCACAGUUAAACAUCUCUUCUGUGGUUAAUUUACAGAACAUUGAAUGGUUCUUGAAGUGCUUAACAAGUGUGUUUCAUGCUUUUUCAAAACUUGAGUUUCUUGCACUGUUCUGUUGAAAAGUAAAGUUCCCCUUAGGGAAGUGUUUUUCUUAAUUUUACCCACUAGGGGGACCUAUUGCUUCAUUAUUGCCUAUUUUUUUAUACAUUUUCUUUUGUUGCUGUACUGAACUGAGUUUAAUGCUGCUGUCUGAAAUAAAACAUACUUUGUAUACUAGUUAAAUGUGUAAAAAUACAUCUUGCGUAAGUUAACAGAUUAUGUUGAUUAUAGCUUUUUAACCCAUUAGGCAUGGCAGUAGAACAGCGUAGGAGUUUAGAAAAUCUUUGCCAUUUGUAUAAUGUUAGAACAGAGGCACAUAGGAACUAAAAGUUCAGACACCGAUAUUCAGACUUCAUGCAAAUUUGGUCUGGCAUUGUUUGGCUCAUUGUUCUGCAUAAUAAAAAAUAAAUAAAUGAG